AUGAGCGUGUCUCCUGACAACUUGAAGAAAGAAGUUUCUUCUGAAGAAACGAUUACUGCUGAGUCUCAAAAAACAAGAUUCAGUAUCAGGAAUAUUCUUGAUGAUGAUCAGAAAAGGUUUGCGGGAUCCGGUAGUCUAACUCGUAUGAACUUUUUUUGUUUCCAGAUUCGCUCAUAAUUCUCCGUCUGGCUCUUCAGAAGGAAGCAGCAACCAGGAUAGCGAGCAAAUGAUCCCGCUCCCGUUCAAUCCAAGAUUUGCUCUUCCCUUCCUUCUCGGACAAGGCUUGAUUGCAAACGGUGGACCGUCUCAGCUUCUGGCCUCCUUGCCAAUCAUGCCGUGGAUCGCCGUUCAGAAUCCGAUGCUUCAUCUCAAGCUCCAGGAGCCGCACAACGCUCAAGGUCAGUCAGCAUCAUAAUUUACAACAAUUAUUAUUGUGGGUGGACGAUUGUGUAAGAGUCCGUCGGGUGAAGAACUUUACCGGUCUGUCAUUAAGGACGCAUCCGAAAAAGGCGUGAAUCUUUAAUAAGUCAUAGAGUCGUGUUGCAAGUGCGGCUACGGUGGUCUGUGCGUAAAUCCUAUUAUCUUGACCUUUAUUGUAUGCAGAAAUAGCGGCGAAUCUUCUGAAAAGGAAAUUAGUCGCUAGAAUCAAAGCAAGUCCCGAAAGUGGUAUUGAGAGGGCUUUUGAAAUGAAUACGGUAUCUCGAAAAUUGCUGAAUUGAUGUGGACAAAACAAUCCAGAAAAAAAAAUGCAGAUUGUUCGAUUAAUACCAUAAUAGAGAAGUCAAGCGUGAAAAAACCAUAAAAGAAAGCGGCUAGCUGUUCUAGGAUAAGAUCAAGCGAUGAGCCAAUUAGUCUUUUUGUUGCGGUGCGUUGGAUUCCCACAGGGCGGCCAUGUGUUUCCUCAAAAGGGCCGAACUUGUAAUUGUCUUUGUUGGCAAAACACAUUGACAGCGGAAAUAUGGUGCAGUAUUCGCUUUUAAUCCAAUAAAUGAAAAGAUUUCUAAAAUAUCUUUCACAAAGAUACUUUCUAGCUAAAAAAACCCAAAAUAGUUUUUUUGGAAAAUCAGUGAACACAAAUAAGCACCAAAAUUCUGAAUUUUUAAUGGUUUAAGAUCAAACUAACUCAGUUAUUAUAUUUUUGAAUUUCAGAAGCUUCCAAAUUUUUCAUAAAAGGGUGAACUAAUACUUCAAUUUCUUAUUCAAAAAUAUUUAGACAGAAUAAGAAAAAUGAGCACAGAAAAAAACAAAAAAAGAAACAGAAAAAAAGAAAUGAAAAAUGAAGAGAAAUGUUAGGAUCUCAAUAAGUUGUAUUGAACUCUUCUUAUAUUGUGAUAUGAUUUAACUCAUUUUCGCAGAAGGCGACUUGAGGAAUGUUUUUAAUAAGCAGUAACUGUCGUUUUGCUUGCAGAUAAAGCUCAAAUUACAAUAACCAUCUGUUCGAAAAAAAAUGCAACAGGAAUAAACCUGUUGUCUUUUAAAUUUUGCAACUAAUUUUGCAACCAGCUACAUGUUUCAUUUGGUUUCGCUGUCGAUCGCCAAUGGUAUCUUGAAUCAUUUUGAGAAAUCUAAAUAGUUAUCACAGCACAACCUGGUUCUAUUAACUUCGUGAAAAUUAUAUGAAAAAGAAUAAAAUUUUAUUAUUGAAAAAAGUUCUCUGUACUUAGGAUGCACUCGUUUUGAGGUUUGUUCAUCAGCGCAACUAGUAAAUUAGAAAAAGUAGUAAUUAAAUAGUUUCUUAAUCCUUCCAGUUUAUCUCAACUUCUAUGUUAGCUCAUACAGUAAUCUCGCCACCCAUUGGGCUAAUUAGGCGUAUAGUUGAGCACUGGCGUAUGGUGGCUCGAAGGAAGAGCGUCAAGACCUAAUUGUUGGCUGCCAAGACGGGAGAUGAGCGUGUCAAAUUCGUCCAACCCCGAAAACAAUAUCCGUAACGCAUUAACGUGUUCGCUGGGUGCUCAACCGCCAGUCUUUUCUUUUCGCGAUGAGAUCAUUUAUGAGGAAUAUCCAUUGAAGGCCCUUUUUUGCAGAUUUCGCUCGAAGUGCCGGCGAAGCGUCGUUGGAUGGGAAAGAAGAAGAAAAAAGAGAUGGGAAAUCUGCUCAGGAGGCUCGCAACUCGAUUGGUGGAAGCCCAAUGGAAUCCGACGUGGAGGACGACGACGAAGGCAUGAGAAACCACAAAAAUCAGCUUUCUCACAAGAGAACUUUUUAGGAGUUGACGAUGAUGGCAACGCCGGUGAUCCUCUGCUCAACCGCAAGAAAAAGACGCGCACAGUUUUCAGCAGAAAUCAAGUGAAUAAUUUUUCCUUUGGCAUCCACAAUUCAAAAAUUUCAUAAGAGCUAUAGGAUCAAAAAAUUUCCAGGUGUCCCAACUUGAAAUGGCGUUUGAAAUGAAGCGCUACCUGAGCAGCCAAGAGAGGUCGCACCUUGCAGAAAAGCUCAGGCUUACUGAAACUCAGGUAAUGAUCUUCAUUUUUUUGAGCUCACGAGUUUUUUAAGGUGAAAAUCUGGUUUCAAAACCGUCGCAACAAAUACAAACGCCAAGCGCAGACCGACGACCCAAAUGGAGCUCUUCAAAUGCACCGCGCCAAUUUGUUCGCCAUGCAACAGAAUGCUCCUUGCCUCCAGAACUCGUAUGUUUCCGAAUUGAAAAAAAAAUUAAAAAAAUACUGAUGAAACGUCGGAACACACAGUCACCGAUCGGUAUCAGGGAAUUUUGAGAGUCGAGAAGAAGUUAUACUAAGUAAUAAAAAAUGUUUGCUCAGUAAUCUUUCAUAGAUAAGAACGGUUUAAUUACAGUCAAUGAUGCUUUCGUGGUCCAAAAGAAGUAAUAGUUGAUCCCUUGUCUUGGUUGAACUUCAAGAGCUAAAGUUACAAUUUGCCAACUUUCAAAAUGGAAAAUUUCAUGUCAGCAUUAAAAAUAUUUUAUUUAUCCACCUUUCCGGUGGGUAACCUUUGAAAGCUUUCCAAAGUGCAAGACAGGAGUUGUCCACCGCGACUCUUAAAGCGUGAAUAAUCGGAAAAGUGUGAAGAAGUAAAUUGGAAGCCAUUCGUUUAGGUUGAUGCCACAACCGGUCGCGAAUCCGCUCAACCUGCACCCGGUCAUUCCACCGCAGAUGGACCCCGGCGCUGCCGCCAGAUUCCUCUUCAACUACAGCGCUCUAGCGGCUCAAGCGCAGAAUUUGAUCUGA